AACAACCAAAAACCAAACCCAAAAAUUCUCAAAGAGGAAGAAGAAAUGAGCGUUAAUGGUGAGAACAAGGUCUCAGGAGGAGGAGAGAGUUCAUCUUCAGAUCGACCUGUUAGAGUCUACGCCGAUGGGAUCUACGAUUUGUUCCAUUUCGGUCACGCUCGUGCCAUCGAACAAGCCAAGAAAUCGUUUCCGAAUACGUAUCUACUUGUUGGAUGCUGCAAUGAUGAAAUUACCAACAAAUUCAAGGGGAAGACUGUGAUGACGGAAUCUGAACGAUACGAAUCUCUCCGACAUUGCAAGUGGGUUGAUGAAGUGAUUCCAGAUGCUCCAUGGGUUCUUACAACAGAGUUUCUUGAUAAGCAUAAGAUAGAUUACGUAGCUCACGAUGCUCUUCCCUAUGCGGAUGCGACUGGAGCUGGAAACGAUGUUUAUGAGUUUGUAAAGUCGAUUGGGAAGUUUAAAGAAACUAAACGAACAGAGGGGAUAUCGACAUCGGAUAUCAUCAUGAGAAUAGUGAAAGAUUAUAACCAGUAUGUGUUGCGUAAUCUGGAUCGAGGAUAUUCAAGAGAAGAGCUCGGUGUUAGUUUCGUUAAGGAGAAGAGGCUUAGAGUGAACAUGAGAUUGAAGAAACUACAAGAGAAAGUGAAAGAACAACAAGAAAAGAUCCAAACCGUAGCAAAAACCGCUGGGAUGCACCAUGAUGAGUGGCUUGAAAACGCUGAUCGUUGGGUGGCUGGAUUUCUUGAAAUGUUUGAGGAAGGUUGUCAUAAAAUGGGAACAGCCAUUAGAGAUGGGAUCCAGCAACGGCUAAUGAGGCAAGAAUCAGAAGAGAACCGGCGCUUGCUUCAAAAUGGACUAACAAUUUCCGAACACAAUGACGAUGAACAAAUGUCAGAAGGAGAGGAAACGCAACAUGACCAUGAAGAUUGCUUAAAUAUGAGCAACAAAGGGAUUGAAUCAGUAAAGAAAUGAGAGAUUUUGGCUCAUGAUUCAAAGUAUUUCCAGAUACAGAACCAAAGUCUACUAGAUUCCACCAGU